GCGACACUGAAGUGUGGUCGGGCUCCGGCGGGUCGCCACCUCAGAGGAGGAACUAAACGGCUGCGGGAAGGGCUGGAAAUCCUUUUGGGCUAUUGCUCAUUCCCAUUUGUUAAUCAAAGGCUUUGAAUCCUGAAGGGCAGAAAUUCUCUCUAAACAGAAAGAUGGAAACUAAAGCACGUUUAUUCUUCCAGGCAGAAGAAAAUAUUGACUUAUCAGAUAAGGGAUCUGAUUCUUUCACAACCAUCUUGCCAUCAAGAAAUACUGAAAACAAGAAAUAUAUCAAAUUUUCUAAAACAAUAGAGAAGAAAAUUUCAUCUGAAGUUAAGGAUUUGAGCACAGAAUAUAAGAAAGACUGUAAUGAAAUGCCAGAGCAACAAACUUGCAAAGAGGAACAGUUUUUUUGGGGGGCUUACAUUUCUGGAGGUUCCAGUCCAAUGUCAAGCGGCUCCCUUCUGUGGGCCUCCUGUGAGGCAGUCAUCCUGUCAGGAGCACGUGGUAGAGCGUGCCGCUCCCUCCAGAGACAGGUUGCCCCGCCCACCGUGAGGCUGCCAAAGGAGGUGGCUAGGAAAGAAAACAUUUUGUGCAAGUUGCCAAACCAAUACAACCUUCCCAAGGCUUCAUCACCUCUUCAUAAACCUUCCAUUUUUCGGAAGAAGGAAAAGCUCUCUAACCUCGACCUCACAUUAUAUGAAGAAAUGCCCCAAGGAUACUUGUAUUCCCAGGAAUUAAGUGCACUUCAUAAAGCCUGUAAAAUUUUUAGCAAAAUUCGAAAUGGUAAGAUUUAUGUGAAUGAUCUGCCGCUGGUCCUUUCUAUCUUGAAGAUUUCUAUAAGUGAUUCAGAAAUGCGACAGAUACUAAAGAUUGUUGAUGUUGAUGUAUUCCAGGACAAUUUGAAGAUCUUUGGUAGUAUAAAAGAUGGCCGAGUUGCCACUGAUGAAGUGGUUGAUAUUUUGGAUAGCAUGGGCAUCCCUAUUACUUCUGAAACAUUUCAGGACGUGAUAAAUAAUACAUAUGUUGACAGUAAGCACAUGGUGGAUAUUGGAGAUAUCGUAUUUAUUUUGGAUGCUCUACAAGGCCAGUAUGAAGAUAUUUAUUCAGAUUUGGAUGAAACUGCUUCAAAGAAAAGGUUACCAAAGGUAGAAGGAUACUCUCUACAAUAUAAGAAGAAGUACAGUCUACCUUCCAGACUGACUGGAUCAUCAAUGUCUAAAAAAUUGAUUAAAAAAAUUCCACAAUAUCCUAGAAAAAUUAUGGAAGAAAAUGAUUCUGAAAUUCAACCAUCAAAAAAUUUUGAACAGAUAAGAAAAUUUCCUGGUGAACCAUACGCAAAGAGUGGCAUGAAUUUUAAAAAGCAUUCAGAGAAAGCUGAGAAUUAUGACUCAAAGUCCAAACUACCAAACUUGAAGAGUACUACAAGCGUCAAUAAGUCUCUGGAUAAAAAUGGUAUUUCUAAUAUCCCAAAACUUGAGAACCUUGUUGUGAGAAAGGAUGCAACUCUCCUGAAACAUGUUUCAAGUAAAGAAAAAACUGCAGUGAAUACCCUGGAGAAUGUCUGUGAUGCUAUCAGUAAGCUCCAAGAAAACUCCAUUGCUCCCGAAGAGCUGCAGCACAUUUUGCCUUCUCUAGGAAUUACUUUAUUAGAUGAAGACUUACAGGAGAUUAUGACAGAGACUACUAGAAAUGAAAGUGGAAUGGUGAAUUUAGAGGACUUUAUGAAGGCUCUCUGCAAAGAGCAAAGUCUUUCUGAAUAUGAUGUGUUGACAGAUGUCAUUAAAGCCAUUGAUAAAAUUAAAGACGAAAAUGUUGAUUCUGAAGACCUAAAAACUUGUCUUCAAAACUUGGGAAUUUACCUUUCUAAACCUGAACUUGAGAAGGUCAGAGAGCUGACUAAAGCUGACGAAACGCAAAAAGUAAAUUUUAAAGACUUCGUUAAUACUAUGCUGAGCAACACAGAAUCCUUCUCUGAAAAAUUAUCAUUGCCUGCUACUAUUGAAAACCUUCACAACAUCAUCAAAGAGCAGAUAGGUGUUUCUGACCUAUGGAACACUCUGUCUAGUUUGAAUAAUAAUUUAAAAAAAGAUGAGUUCCUAACUGCACUGAAAUUAGCAACAAUUGGUGAAGGUGACAAAGUAGAAUUUGAAGAAUUUGCAAAAGGUGUAAAGAAUAUGUAUGACACCUCCAGGUUAGGUGAGUUAGAGGAGAUUGCCUUAGCCCUUGAUUCACUUGAAGGCAACAUGAUAGCUGAGACAAAUUUGGAAGAUUUUCUAAGGAAUGUUGGGAUUAAGUCACCUGAAGAGGCCAUAGAAAAUAUUCACUCUAAUUUUGUUAAUGAAGAUGACAUGGUAAAUGUUAAAGACUGUAUGGAGGCUCUGAAGGACACCCAGAAAUUUUCCAACUUUAUUGCACUGAAUAAGACUAUCAGUACAUUGAAUCUCAUGGAAGAAUGUGAUCAGUCUGAUGAAGAAAAAUAUAGAGAUGUACUUGAAAAUGCUGACAGACAUUUUGCGACUGAUGAUCUUCAAAUAAUAAAGGAUGGCUCCGUUGUUGAAGAAAUUUCAACCUACACUCCCAAAUAUUAA